AUGCGUGAGAUUAUUCAUAUCUCGACCGGUCAAUGCGGAAACCAAGUCGGCGCCUCAUUUUGGCAGACUGUCUCUCGCGAGCACGGUCUCGACCACAAUGGCACCUAUCAGGGCUCUUCGAGUCUUCAGUUAGACCGAAUCGGGGUUUAUUUCAACGAGGGUCGCAACUCGAAACAUGUACCCCGAGCAGUCUUGGUAGACUUGGAACCCGGGACGAUGGAUGCCAUCCGGGGCGGCCAAUACCGCAACUUGUUCAGUCCGGAUAACAUGGUCUUCGGCCAAUCCGGCGCUGGCAACAAUUGGGCAAAGGGCCACUAUACCGAAGGCGCUGAGCUUGUUGAUCAGGUCCUCGAUGUCGUGAGGCGGGAAGCAGAGGGUUGCGAUUGUCUGCAAGGCUUCCAGCUCACGCAUUCUCUUGGGGGAGGUACCGGGUCGGGAAUGGGUACGCUGCUUCUGUCGAAGAUUCGCGAGGAAUUUCCUGAUAGGAUCAUGGCAACAUAUUCCGUGAUCCCAUCGCCGAAGGUCUCCGAUACCGUGGUAGAGCCUUACAACGCCACACUGUCAAUGCACCAACUCGUCGAAAAUGCGGACGAGACCUUUGUCAUCGACAACGAUGCACUGCACGACAUCUGCCAGCGAAGUCUCAAGAUUUCAUCGCCCUCCUUUGGAGAUAUGAACCAUCUCGUUUCCACCGUCAUGUCAGGAGUAACAACAUCGCUGCGCUUCCCGGGCCAACUGAAUUCGGACCUUCGUAAAUUGGCAGUGAACAUGGUGCCUUUCCCGCGGCUACACUUCUUCAUGGUUGGCUACGCGCCAUUGACCAGCCUCGUGCCUGGUGCCAAGGCAUUUCAACAAUAUACGGUUCAGGCCUUGACGCAGCAGAUGUUUGACGCAAAGAACAUGAUGGCUGCAUCGGAUUUCCGAAAUGGACGGUUCCUGACAUGCUCCGCUAUGUUCCGCGGGAAGUUAUCUAUGAAAGAAGCAGAGCAACAGAUAUACAGCAUGCAAAACCACAAUUCUACGUACUUCGUCGACUGGAUCCCGAACAAUAUCCAAACAGCAAUGUGCUCAGUGCCGGCGCUCGGCCAGGAAAUGUCCGGCACCUUCGUCGGCAAUUCAACCGCUCUCCAAGAGAUCCUGAAACGCGUAGGGGAACAGUUCGCCCUCAUGUUCCGCCGCAAAGCCUUUCUUCACUGGUAUACCGGGGAAGGUAUGGAUGAAAUGGAAUUCACAGAAGCAGAAUCCAACAUGAACGAUCUUAUUAGUGAAUACCAGCAAUACCAGGAGGCUUCUAUCGAAGAAGAAUAUGAGGAAGAGGAGGACUACGCUGGUGGUGAAGCGCAGGAGUAG